CUUAACGGCGGCGUAAGUCUCGUUCCCGACGGUAUUGGUUCAAUAUUCCAGCCCCUAUACAAUGGCAGCGUAUUGGCCACCAAUGAUGUGAUAGUGGUCGCUGUUAAUUAUUGCUUAGGUCCGUUUGGAUUUUUAUAUGCUGGUGCCGGUCACGAGCAUAUAGUGCUCGGAAAUGCGGGCUUUUAUGACCAGCUACUGGCCCUGCAAUGGGUGUGGGACAAUAUACACUCGUUUGGCGGUGAUAAAAACCAAAUGACUAUAUUUGGUCAAAGCGCCGGCAGUUGGUCGGUGUCGGCACAUGUAUUGUCCCCGUUAUCCAAA